GGAUUUUACUCUUGGCAAUUAAACCGACAAAAAGCUUUCCAAGUUUUUGAAAACUAAGUAUCUGGAGUGAGCAGUGUGUAUUAUAAUGAGUCUUUAGCAGUCCUGGUGAUUUCUCCUUGACAUCGUCUUUCCAUCUUUCUCCCAUAGUCUAGCAUCUGUGUCGUAUGGGAAAUCUACGGAAUAAAUAUGGCGGAAUCCAAAGCGCUUCCACAUCCUUGGGUUCGGUUCUUGGACCACUGAUGUUUAUUUCAUAGGAAUAAAAACUUCUAAUGGAAGAUUCUGAAGAUGACCGAGUAAUUGUUUGACAGAUCGAUGCCCUUCCUUCACGAUUACAACAAACAGUUCAGGUACUUCGAUAAAUGCACUUCAUUAAAUCUGUUGGAAAACUAAGUUGUGUACGACUAAAAUGGAGGAAGAAGAAUUCUUCAGACUUUUCACUCCACAGUCACUUGUACAUAUAGAAGAUCGAAUUGCGGAGGAAAAAGCGUUCAAGAAAGCCGAGAAACAGGCCCAUGAGGAGGGGGAGGAGGAAGAGUUAGCCGCUCACGAGGAAGAGGAGCCCAAGCCCAAUCCCAAGUAUGAGGCGGGAAAAAAGCUCCCCUUGUCGCUCAAGGAUCUGUUUCCGGUGGAGUAUACAAGCAAACCCCUGGAAGAUUUUGACGAAUUUUACGAAACACAAAAAACGUUUGUGGUGGUUGGAAAAGACAUGACUAUCUACAGAUUCAGCGCCACUAACGCCCUGUACCUCCUUAGUCCCUUCAACCCAAUCAGGAGAGGUGCCCUCUACGUCUUAGUUCAUCCAUUAUUCAGCGCGUUGAUCAUCAUCACCAUCAUAGUCAACUGCGCUUUCAUGGCCAUGACUGAACAACCAUUUACAUGGAUCGAAUACGUCUUCACUGGUGUGUACACUAUGGAAGCUCUCAUCAAAAUCAGCGCCCGCGGAUUCAUCAUCAAUACUUUUACAUACCUGAGAGACCCGUGGAAUUGGCUAGAUUUCGCCGUCAUUUCCCUAGCGUAUGUAACCAUGGGGGUAGACCUGGGAAAUUUAUCAGCUCUUAGGACCUUCAGGGUGUUACGAGCCCUGAAAACAGUUGCUGUAAUACCAGGCUUGAAGACCAUUGUUGGUGCCUUACUGGAGGCUGUGCGGCGGCUCCGAGAUGUGAUGAUUUUAACUGUUUUCAUGCUCUCAAUUUUUGCCUUAGUCGGUAUGCAAUUAUACAUGGGUACUCUUAGACAGAAAUGCGUCACAUUUGCCAACUUCACGUACGACAAUUCCACCGAGGGCAACGAGACAGCCUGGUCAUAUGAUGAUGCCUGGAUAGAGUAUGCAAUGAAUCCUGCUCAUUGGUACACGCCUGAUGGAACCGAAUACCUGAUAUGUGGAAAUGCUUCAGGAGCAGGACAUUGUCCUCCAAACUACGUUUGCAUCAACAAUACCCACACAAAUCCAAACUUUAAUUUCACUCAUUUUGACAACUUUGGCACUGCCCUUCUGUGUACAUUCCGUUUAAUGACACAAGACUUUUGGGAGAAUCUUUACCAAAUAACUCUGAGAGCUGAGGGUCCUUACCAUUGCGCCUACUUUAUCAUUGUGAUUCUGCUGGGCUCCUUCUAUCUGGUGAACCUGAUAUUGGCCAUUGUCGCCAUGUCUUAUGACGAGACGCAGAAACAGGACCAAGCAGACGCCGACGAAGAGGAAGAAGAAAGAAAGAAGGCAAUGCAAAUCCAUGCGAUUCAACAAACAAUUCACGACGGACUGAGAGAAGAUUACCAAGAAUAUCUGGAGGAAAAGCUGUCCCAGGCCAAAAGUCAUUCCGAGACAUCAUUAAGUGACCACGAGGGAGAAGACAAUGCCGACAAAAUCAGUGUUCGGUCUAAUAAGCCGGAGGAAAAUGGACAGUUCCUCAGUGUCAGCAAAAAGCAACCUAGCUUGAGUUUACCUGGCUCUCCAUUUGUAAGACGAAAUACAAAGAAGAAAUACAAUGCAAAUCAUGGUGACCACCAACCCCUAAUGCUGGACAAUCUACCUUAUAUAGAUGACCCAAAUGCUGUUACCCCUUGUUCGGAUGACCUAAAUAUGAAUUUGACCUAUAAACAAUUUCUUGCGUCUCGAAGAAAUAGUUAUGCGUCAUUGCUAAAACGCACUGGCUCCUCAAGACGCAGUAGUUUUGCGUCACGUGAUAGCAGACGUUCUCUCCCAAGGUCACCUCGGUCUCCAUUAGAAAAACCCGGGAAAUUAGAUACCCCAUGGGAUUGGAAAAAACCAAAGGACAGCUCACAUUUACAUCCUCUUGAUGCUGGGGAGCAUGGUAAACAUGUCGAGAAUGGUUCCCUACAUGAUUCCCGAAUGGACAUUGAAAAGAAGUCUCACGACGGGGACAUGUGCCACCCUCAUGCCGGAAAACAUGUAGAUCCGAGAGAUAUGAUGGUGAUCAAGAAUCUCCUGGCACACGCAGAGGGUCACCGAAACAGCAAACACAGUAUCAUCAGUGAAUUCCCCUUUGAGGAAGAGGAAUUGCCUCUAAAGGACCGUUUAUAUAAUCGCUUCUGCAGCUGGCAUUGCUGCCGUUGUUAUGUGAAGUUCCAGGAAUUUAUUGCGAUGAUCAUCUUAGACGCCUUCGUGGACCUCUUCAUCACCAUUUGUAUCCUUGCCAACACUGCGUUCAUGGCGGCCGAUCAACAUCCUAAAUCACCCGAACUAGCAGAAAUUCUUAUUUAUGGAAACUACGUUUUCACGGGUAUCUUUGCAUCUGAGGCUUUUCUAAAAUUAAUUGCAUUAAGUCCACCGAACUACUUCAGAGAUGGCUGGAAUAUUUUUGAUUUCUUCAUCGUGGUACUCAGCUUUUUAGAGAUGGCGUUAGACGGUGUUUCCGGAUUGUCUGUGUUGAGGAGCUUCCGUUUGUUACGAGUGUUCAAACUUGCCCGAUCUUGGCAGACAUUAAACAUGCUGAUUCGCAUCGUGGCGGGUACAAUGGGAGCGUUAGGAAACCUUAUCUUUGUUCUUGCCAUUGUUGUGUUUAUUUUUGCGGUGAUGGGACAGCAAUUGUUCCGAGACGGUUAUCUUUCAGAAUAUGCCGAUAAUAUGCCGAGGUGGAAUUUCACGGACUUUCUGCACUCUUUUAUGAUAAUCUUCCGAGUUUUGUGUGGAGAAUGGAUUGAAUCUAUGUGGGCCUGCACAAAUGCUAAUGGACCUGUGUGUGUUCCUUUCUUCCUUCUUACAUACGUCAUAGGAAAUCUUGUUGUGCUCAACUUAUUCCUUGCUCUACUGUUGAAUUCCUUUGGAGCUGAAAGCCUGAGUGGUGGAGAGAAUGAAGAAGAUAAAGAGCCCAACAAAUUGUCAGAAGCCAUUGGAAGAUUUACAAGGCUCGGCAGAUGGAUCAAGGUCAAGGUCAUUGUAUGCCUUAAGGUGAAAAUGAAGUCCAAACCCAAGCCCAACGGAGGAGACGCAAGUCCUCGUUUGAAUGGGAAGGACUUGCCUGACGGAGGACAACCAUUCAGUAAUGGUACAGUGAUUGAAUUGCAGGCUAAACCCGAAGAUACCGAAAUUACUCUUCCAGGAGAACUAGUGCUAGUGGAAAAUCAUUCACCUGAGAAAUCAACGGGUAUUUUGGAAAAUGAGAAGAAAAUGGACGACGAAACGCGACCAAACAGUCGAGGUAGUCAACGAGAAUCCCUAAGUUCCAACAGCAGAAACUCCAUGUCUGAUGAUGACACAAAAUUGAGCUUAACUAAGGUGGAUGCUGAGGGUGAGCCAGAAAUUAAUGAGGUGAAGGUCACAUAUGCAAAUUACCCUGACGACUGCUUUUGCAAAAUAUGCCGGCGAAAAUGCCCGUGUUGCAUCCGGUUUGAGAACACCAAAUUAGGGAAGAGGUUCUGGAAAAUACGAUGUCUAGCCUACGCUCUAGUGGAACACAAAUACUUCGAGACCUUUAUUAUAACCAUGAUUCUUGCCAGUAGUGUAGCUCUCGCAAUUGAAGACGUUUAUCUGUCCGAAAGACCUAUCCUUGCGAUGAUCCUUGAGAUUACAGACAGGUUUUUUACUGCUAUAUUCAUAUUGGAAAUGUUGAUCAAAUGGACAGCCUUCGGAUUCAAAAAAUACUUUACAGAUGCUUGGUGUUGGCUCGAUUUUGUAAUUGUUGGUAUAUCUAUCAUGAUGUUGGUAUUUGAGCUUCUUGGAUUACAGAAAAUGACAGCAAUCAAAGCAAUGAGGACUCUAAGAGCAUUGCGUCCCCUCCGUGCAGUGUCCCGAUGGGAAGGGAUGCGGGUGGUUGUAAAUGCGUUGAUCAAAGCAAUACCUUCAAUUGCUAAUGUCAUGAUGGUUUGUUUGAUAUUCUGGUUGAUUUUCGGGAUUGUUGGGGUACAGUUCUUCGCCGGCAAAUUCUACAAGUGUGAAGAUGAGGACGGGGUGAAACUACCAGUAAAUAUUACUGCUAAUAAAACGGAAUGCCUGGCCAAAAAUUACACUUGGGUAAACUCCAAAGUAAACUUUGACAACGUAAUGAUGGCUUACCUGGCCUUGUUUCAAGUGGCUACAUACAAAGGUUGGAUUGAGGUCAUGACCGAUGCCAUAGACAGUACUGAUAUUGAUGUACAGCCAGAUCCAGAAGUUAACGUGUACAUGUAUCUCUACUUCGUGUUCUUUAUUAUUUUUGGUUCAUUCUUCACUCUGAAUCUGUUUAUUGGUGUCAUCAUCGAAAAUUUCAACCAACAGAAGAAAAAGGCUGGAGGAUCGCUAGAAAUGUUUAUGACGGAAGACCAGAAGAAAUACUAUAAAGCUAUGAAGAGGAUGGCAGCAAAAUCACCCCAGAAGUCCAUACCAAGACCUGGAAAUAUAAUCAUGGGCUGGAUCUUUGAUGCUGUGACCAAUCAAAAAUUUGACAUUGGAAUCAUGAUCAUUAUAAUGCUAAACAUGUUGACAAUGGCCCUCGAACAUUACAACCAAUCGGAACAGUUUACCACUAUCCUCAACUACAUCAACGUGUCUUUUAUCAUCAUCUUCACUGUUGAGUGUGUUCUUAAACUAAUUGGACUCAGACAUUACUACUUCAAAUUUCCCUGGAACAUCUUCGACUUUGUGGUAGUGGUGUUGUCUAUAUUAGGAGAGAUAGUCAGUGUGGCCCUAAGUGAUGUCAUGGACCAAUUCUUGGUCUCUCCUACUCUUCUCAGAGUUGUUCGAGUGUUUAGAGUAGGAAGAGUUCUUCGCUUAGUCAAGUCGGCAAAGGGAAUACGAACUUUGUUAUUUUCACUAGCAGUGUCGUUGCCUGCUUUGUUUAAUAUCGCUUUACUGCUGUUUCUCGUAAUGUUUAUAUACGCAACAUUCGGGAUGAGCUUCUUUAUGCAUGUUAAACAUCAAUAUGGAAUAGAUGACUGUUUCAACUUUGAAACCUUCUUCCGUAGUAUAAUAUAUCUGUUUCAAAUGUGUACAUCUGCCGGCUGGAAUAGUGCCCUCGCCGGGAUUACAAACGAAGAAGACUGUAUAGAAGAAACACAGACUUUCGAUAAUGGAACGACAAUAUGGAAAGAUUGUGGUGACUACAAGAUAGGUGUGGUUUACUUAUGUUCCUAUUUAGUACUUAGCUUCCUUGUAGUGGUGAACAUGUACAUUGCUGUUAUUUUAGAGAACUUCAGUCAGGCUACUGAAGACGUUCAGCAAGGUUUAACUUCAGAUGAAUUUGAUCUUUUCUAUGAGAAAUGGGAGAAAUUCGAUCCUGAAGCUACUAAAUUUAUUCCCCUUGGUCAGUUGUCCGAUUUUGUUGACUACUUAGAAGAACCAUUACGACUUCCAAAACCAAAUCAUUUUAUGCUUGUGAAACUGGAUAUUCCUAUUUGCGAAAAUGAUAAAGUGUACUGUAGAGAUAUUUUAGAUGCUUUAACAAAGAAUUUCUUAGGAACAUCUGACACGCCUGGGGAAAUAGAUGUCAAUGAAGUUGAGAAAGAUAAGGAAAAAAUUGAAUACAAGGUAGUUAGCUCAACACUUUUGAGACAAAAAGAACAUUAUGCUGCAAGAGUAAUCCAAAAAGCCUGGAGAAGAUAUAGAAAUGAAAGGGGCAGCUUGCCAUCUCCACCACCAUAUGAUAUGGUAAUCAGUAAGGAAAGUGAUAUGAUCACAAGCAAAGGAAGUGAAAUGGCAACCAGCAAGGAUAGCAAAGACACAGCAACAACAGUUAACGGAGAUACUGCUAGCACAAAAAGUUUAAAGAGUGAUACUUCCAAUAAACAGACUGCUGGAAGUUCGGUUGAUGUGCAUAUAGAAAUUCCGGAAUCAGAAAUUACUGAAGAAACAGCAAUGCUUUCACCGGAAAAUAGAACAGUUGAGUUACGUGCGGACAGUGACGUGGUAGCGUAAUGAAAAAGAAUACUAAAUUCGGCAGGAAAAUUCGAAUUGUGCAGGGCCCGGUGACUAACGGGACUCUGACUCAAGAACGUAAAGAUACUCAAAGUGUACUGCAUGUCUUUCUAUUUAUUGGUUUCAGGAUGCAAUUAUUUAUCUUCUGUAUUGCGCAUGCUUCGUAAUGCAGAUUUUGUGAUGAUUCUCUCUGUUAUUUGUUACCUAGAUUAGGCAAGUUGUAAUGGCAUCUAUUGCAAACAAUUAAUACAGAGAAUGAUUGUUCAAUUUUUUUUUUGAUAAAGAAGUUUUCUGGAUUGUCAAUUUUGCACUAGUAUAGAUCAUGUGAUGUAUGAAAUUUCUAUUAUAUUUGAAAAUAUUCCUGAUUGAUCAUGAAAGAAAUUUAAAUUUAGAUCGUUUGUGCAUUAUUCUGCGGUACGAAUUGAACAUCUAAAAGCACAGCAUCAAAAUGUGUCCAAACAUUAGUUCUGUGGUAUCAACCACCUGCAUGAGAGAUUUUCAUGUUUUUCCCAGGCCAUGCAAUAAGAUAAAUUUGCUGUUAAAGAUUUUAUGUAAUAAAAUUCAUAAAAGUAAAUUUUCUCUAAAUUGAAUGCCCCUCUAUACAACACUGCCGUAUAUCUCUUUCUACUACAUAUUCUAUCUAUUGAGAGCUGCUUCGCUAAUCUUUCCCAAGGAACAUAUUUAUAGUUUGGAAAGUAGAUGAUAUUAAGUUUUACUGCGUGAUACUACACUCUUAAUAGUAACUGUUGCUCAACACUACUGUAAUCGUGCUUGUAAUAUUAUUAGCUAUACAUAUAUGUAUAUGAAUUUGGUAUGGGGUACAUCACAUCUUUUUUGCAAGAGAACAUAAUACAUGUAUACCAAAUAUGCCCGAUUCCAUACAGUAUUGUUGUAAUUUUUUGAAAAAAAACAUUUCUGGUUUUUUUUUCAUUAUUUUGAAUUUUUUCUGUAUCUGGAACCAUUUUUGUUAACUGACGAAAGUGCAUUGCAUUCAAAAGAAUGUCUUUGGCAUUUUAUUGUUAGAUGCCUUUGUGAUUUAUGUUAAUCAGAGUUGAAAGUUUAAGCCUCGCUCCCCUUGUUCAAUCAUACAUGUAUGAAAUAUGUCACUUUUUUUCAAAUAAUAUUCCAGCAUGAUAAACACAAAUUCAACAUACCUUGCGGAAUUUAAAGAAAGCUCUUGUUUAGAAGACAUUUUGUACAAGAAAGUCAGAUUAAUUUUGGUGAGAGGAAACUCUUUUGCCAGAGGGACUGUGAAUCUUUACAAAAUACAAUUUCCUGCGAAAGAAAAAUAAAUUUGUAAUAUAAUGAUAUAUAUAUAUAUAUAUAUAUAUAUAUAUAUAUAUAUAUAUAUAUAUAUAUACAUUAACAACUUAAUUCAUUGAAGAAAAGGCAUAUCUUAUCUUACAACAUGCUUAAAUAUGUAUAUAUAUGUAUAAAUAAAUCGUGUUAAGCAACCCAUCGCGAGAUAUACAUACCUUUAAAAAGAAUAUAACUAAAAUACGGGUAUCUGUUAAAACCUUAUUCCAGUUUCGAAUGGCAUAUGAACCAUGAUAUUAUGUCGUUGAUAUGAUAAAUAAUCAUAGCUUAUGCAAAUAUGAAAACUGUUAAAACUUCUCAAUUUAUGAUGUAAAACAUCUAAAGUGCAGUUGAACUACAACCCUUAUUAUGUUUUGUACAUGUUUAAAGUAUGUAUUGGUUGAAAUUGUUUAGAUAUUGUUUUCCUUUACAAGGUAUUUGUUGUUUCUCUGAUUUCAUGUGAUAUUUUAUACGAAAACUGGGCUUUUCUUGUUGCACUUAACUUUGCCAAAUUAAUGUGAAAUUCUAUGUAGUGUCUGCUUUUUACAAGAUUAUAAUCCAUUUUAUGCAGUUGCUAUAUUACAUGUACAUGUUGUAAGGAAGAGUUCAAAUGUUUCUGCUGUUGGAAAUCUUACCAUUUCUUUCUUUUGGGAAAAGAGACACACCCCACAAAUAGCAGUACGAUAAAUGUUUUUUCUUUCAAUGCUAAAACUAUUUAUUAUGUUAAUUUCCAUUCUAGGAAAAGAAAAAAGAAAACAUUAGGAAAAUAUGUUUCAACCUGUAGAUCAUGCAAAUUGUACAUGUUUUGUAAAAGAAAGGUUACAUGUUGGUGUAUCUCUGAAAUAAUACUGUAAAGCAUUUUUAAAUAACACUAAAUUUUUAACUGUUGAAUGAUAGAGUAUGGGUGAAAAUGCGUACAUUUUCAAUCUUUAUAUAUAUAUGCACAAUAAUGAGUUUGGUACAAGGAGAGAGCUAUGUAUGAACAUUAUUAUAAGAUAAGCUUUUUUAUUUGCAAAUUUCUGUAAAUAAAUUUAUUACACAGUUUAA